UUGCCUCUCCCCACGUGCGUGUCGUUGCUUCUUCCUUCCCUGCAUGUCGUUGCCUCUUCCCCGCGCCUGUUGUUGCCUCUCUCCCUGGGUGUGGUUGCCUCUUCCCCAUGUGUGUCGUUGCCUCUCUCCUCCCUGGGUGUCGUUGCCUCUCCCCACGUGCGUGUCGUUGCCUCUUCCUUCCCUGGGUGUCGUUGCCUCUCUCCUCCCUGUGUGUCGUUGCCUCUUCCUCGUGCCUGUUGUUGCCUCUCUCCUCCCUGGGUGUCGUUGACUCUCCCUACAUGCGAGUCGUUGCCUCUUCCUUCCCUGCGUGUCGUUGCCUCUCUCCUCCCUGUGUGUCGUUGCCUCUCUCCUCCCUGUGUGUCGUUGCCUCUUCCCCGUGCCUGUUGUUGCUUCUCUCCUUCCUGGGUGUCGUUGCCUCUCCCCACGUGCGUGUCGUUGCCUCAUCCUUCCCUGCAUGUCGUUGCCUCUCUCCUCCCUGGGUGUCGUUGCCUCUUCCCCGUGCCUGUUGUUGCUUCUCUCCUUCCUGGGUGUCGUUGCCUCUCCCCACAUGCAUGUCGUUGCCUCUUCCUUCCCUGCAUGUCGUUGCCUCUCUCCUCCCUGGGUGUCGUUGCCUCUUCCCCGUGCCUGUCGUUGCCUCUCUCCUCCCUGGGUAUCGUUGCCUCUUCCCCGUGCCUGUUGCCUCUCUCCUCCCAGGGUGUCGUUGUUGCCUCUCUCCUCCCUGGGUGUCGUUGUUGCCUAUCUCCACCCUGCUAAUCAUUGCCUCUCCCCUCCCUGCGUCUCGUUGCCUCUCCCCUCAGCACAGAGGAAAGGGUCCCCAAAUUAUGCAAGAACAGACAAAGUCAAUACUACAAGAUUGGUCAAUAAAGCAAAACACAACAGUGGACAUGAACUAUCCCAACUAUUCGAUUUCAGUGGAGGAGAAUUACAUACAGCAUUCUGUCCCAGAUUUGAUUGCGGCCAACAACAUGGUAGAAAUUCAAAAAAGCUGGUGGAAAGGAGGACAGAGUCUUGCACUUUUGAUAGCCUGGCAGAAGAGAGAACAUGGACAUGUCUAGCUUAUCAUGCAGGGGCAAGAAACAACAUCUGCUGAAAUUCUCUCUUCUACAGAAUUAUUAAAGAUGGCCAAGGCCAAACUCAGAAGAGAACUGAACUGUGUCCUAUUCAACUGCAUGAGGACUGCCAUAACAACCACCUCUUUUUGACACCCCCCAACCUUGUUUUGUCACAUCUGCUUAAAUGAUAAUAAAAAUGA